CAAUCUGUCGUUAGACGACUGUCGUGUCGGUCUCUCGGUACAGUUGUGUUACUCAGACUUUGUCUUUCACAGUUACAACUUAAUAAUUCAACGAAUGAAUGAGGAUGACGCAUAUUUCUGUUUUAAUUUGUAAUUAAUUGGAAGAGAUAGUAACAGAUAUCAAAUGACAUCAGUAGAUGAAUUUGUGAAUUCAUCAGCAUGGCUUAUCAAGGUGUCGGGGGGUGCGCGCGGGCGCGAGCGGCAUGCGGCCUCGCCGGCAGACGCCCAUGGAGGUCGGCUAGCGGCGCGCGCGCAGCCCCCGCGCCCGCGCGCACCCGCGCCCCCCGCACCCGCACACAACAUGGACCCCAACGAUGCCUCUGCGCCAAGACACCGACCCCUCGCCUUCGAUAAGAUGGAAAGUUUGAUUAAGGAAAUGCAAGAUCCGGAAACCGGUGUACCCGUGAGAAGCCAAAAACUAUUUCUCAGCGUUAUUCCAUCUGCUUUCAUGGGGUACGAUCUCGUCGAAUGGCUUAUGGAAAGGUUUAACCUUGACGAAGCAAACAAUAUUGAAGCAAUAAACUUAGCAAAUCAGCUCUGUCAAUACGGAUACUUCUUUCCUGUCAACGACUCUAAGAAUCUUGUCUUAAAAGAUGACUCUUCUCUGUAUAGGUUUCAAAGUCCAUACUAUUGGCCGUGGCAAGGGCCGCGCGUGGGCGGAGGGUCAAGCGCGCCGGCGUUGGGUCCCGACAACGUUGAGUACGCUAUCUAUCUGGUGAAGCGCACACUGCGCAACAAGCAGCGCCACGGCCUUGAGGAUUACGAGCAGGAAGCACUCGCCAAUCUCAAAAAGAACCUCGCCGCUAAGUGGGACUUCAUCACUAUGCAAGCCGAGGAGCAGGUGAGGCUAGCCAAGGAACGUAAGAAAGGGGACAAGAUCGUGAGCGACAGCCAGGAGCGGGCGUAUUGGCGCGUGGCGCGGCCGCCGCCCGGCGUGCCCUCCGCGCUCGAGCCCUGUCCCGUGCCAGUGCGCGUCCGCCAACCCAGGCCCAAGAAGCGGUCCAUACAUCAGUUAACCAGAGAGAUCGAACAUUUGAAAGCAAGCCUCGAUCGUACACGAGUGAAGACAUCGAUAGUUCUCGAAGCGCUCGUAUCAUACGCAGAGACCUUCGCGCCCUAUGACCCCUGGAUAACGCCGCCUCAGCCCUCCAAUCCUUGGAUUUCCGACGAUACGCUCUUCUGGCAAAUUAACAGUCCCCUAGUGGAGGUGCCGAGUGAGAAGCGCGUGCAGCGGUGGGCGCUGUCGAUAGAGGAGCUGGUGUCCGACCCCACGGGCCUGCAGGAGUUCACUAGCUUCCUGCGGAAGGAGUACUCGCACGAGAACAUCAGGUUCUGGCUAGCGGUCAUGGAUCUAAGGCGCAGCAGCCCCAAGCAAAUACCCAAAAAGCUUGAGGAGAUUUAUGAAGAGUUCCUGAAGCCUGGCGCGCCGUGCGAGAUCAACAUCGACGGAGCGACGGCGGAGCGCGUGGCGGAGGGACUGCGCAGCGGCUCGCGGUACGCGCUCGACCACGCCGCGGACCACGUGUACGAUCUGUUGCUCAAGAAGGACUGCUAUCCGCGCUUCAUACGCUCCGACCACUUCCAAAGGCUGCUCACAGAGGGCAGGAACGUGCACCAGAAGAAAGCCAAGUUCUUCAAUUUCGGCGGGCAGGUGAAGAAGAAGCCGGGUUCGGCCGGAAGCAGCGGUGCGGGGCUGUCGCGUCGGCGCGGCUCCGACCGCUCGCUGUCCGGCUCCGCGCACGAGCUGGCCGUGUGCGCCGCGCAGCCGCCGCGCGCGCCCGAACCCCCGCCUCACAGCCACUCGCAGUCUAAUCUGUGCGAUAUACCAUUUAGAGAUCCUCUAGAUGAUGAUACGGCAGAUGUUCUGCCAUGGGAGUGUACUUCACGGGAGGGAGUUUAUGGCAGUACGAGUAGAAGACGUCAAGAUUCCGCCGCCGACUCCGGCAGUUCCUCGUCGGACGUGAGCUCCGCGGUAGCCGUGGCCGAGAGAACGCGGCGUCUUCCACAGCAGAGUACUCUGGACGGAGGACUCCGAGGGGCGCCGCCCCCACUGCGACGCCUGUCGGCGGUGGAGCCGCGCCACUUGGCUCCGCUGGGGUCGCCGCCGCACUCGCCGCGGCCGCCGCGACCCGCGCCCUCCGUGCCGCCGCCCGCCGCUCCGGCUCCGCCGCACCCCACUCCCACCAUCAGCGUCAGCUCGGCCCCGGAUGACGAGUCGGCCGACUCCCCGCCCGGCACCGGCUCCCCGGAGGAGCGGCGCUCCGUCGCCGCCUCUGAGGAACCCUCCUCGGUGUUCGCGUCGGCCGACGUCACUCCGACUGAGCCCACCGUAACCAAUUUCAAAGCUCUCGACGAUCGUUGUGCGCUGGCUAUUGUAAAAACGAUCUCUUCUUCUAUUUCUAGUGGUGAUGCGAGAACUGAUGUUUCAAACGUAGAUAUUAAACUUGUAGAGGAGCCGUCGACUGGAGCGCAAGAGUCGGAGUUGUAUGACGAGUCCGCCGUCUCCGGUGCGGAUUCCAAAGUGCCCGAGUGGACGAAGUCGUCCGAGGAAGACGUCGUUUCGGUGCAAAGAUCGCUAUCUCGAGAACCGUCAACGACUAAAGAAGUCAGUCCGGCCUCAUGUAAAGACAUAAGUAGCGGAAUCGGCGAAGUCCCGGAGAGCGAAAGCGUUAAUGCAGAGGCAGGGGACCCGUCAGAAUUAGAUUGCCCUGUACAUGGAAUUAAAAAAAUUCAUGAAGGAAAAGAAAACCCGUCAGAGGCAGAAUCGUAUCAAGUAUCCACGCCGGAGUCGACGGAACAGUCUACGAGGAGUGCGGUGAGCGAGCCACCGAGCGGUACGUGUCGGCCGGCGGCGGUGACCGCGAUGGCCGCGGUAAACACGGUGGGUGCGGUGCCCGCGGCGCAGGAGAGCGCACGGCCGCCGGUGGCGCCGCUCGCCGUGUGCGAGGACAUUGGGGUGGACGAAGACACCGCGGACAGAGUGCCGUCGGAGCUGUCGCAGCGUGCUCCAUCGGAGUGCAAGGCGGCGUCGGAAUCCGACGCCAUAAAGAAAAUUGCUCAUAAAGACGAACUGUCGUCGGUUUCUGAAUCCAAUAUUGUUAAGAGAGAGAAUAUAGGCGGUAUUGGAGAGCGCAAACAGCGAAACGACAUAUGUCCGUGGGAGGACGAGAAUUCGUGCGAGAGUGACGCUCCAUUUGUUAAAACUUAUGCUACAUUAGGUUAUUUAUAA